AUGCAUUAUGGCCCACCGCCAGAGUCCUCUCGGCCGCCUUCUGGCCUUUCAACACCUGUGAGCGAAUCUCAUAAGCGACUUUCGGAUCCGCCCACUUCCUGGGAUAGUAGAGGCGGGUGGGGUCCUGGUCCUUGGGGAGGUGAUGGACUCAUGAAGGGGGAGCAGUUGGCGCCUAUACAGUUUGGGGACGGCCCGCCAUGGAGUGAGGACGAAGAUCUUCAAAGCCCAGUUGUUGUGAGCUCUCGGCAUAGGAAACAUAAGUCGUCGGCUGGGUUUGGAGGCGGCCAGUCACAUAGAGGUCGGAACGGAGGGGAUGGACACCGCGCCAGUAUGCUCAGCCAGGAGCAUUUUGAUCAUGGGAGGGGUUAUUUUGUUGGAACCGGGGGUGAUGGUAGCGAGAGAUACUAUGUAAACCAAGGAGGGGAGGCAGACGGACCAGGCGGUGAAAUCGUUACAUAUCCCCCAGACCAGGCCCGACAUUCUACACUGGCGCCUUACAACGUACCUGGCCAGAGAGACUCGCAUUUUGCGGGCACCCUUCCAAGCAGAUCUUAUACCGACGAGACCGGCCAAGACUACCGAUCGGAGUCAGACGCAUCUAGUUCUGCAUCUUCCCCAGGCAUGACAAGACAUGACGAGUCCAGAUAUUCAAGGGAUUAUCAGUUUACAAUUGCGUCGCCAGAUGAGGAGAUGCACGGGAAGGCUGUAGCACUUUUCGACUUCCAGCGAGAAAAUGAGAACGAGUUGCCACUGGUCGAAGGACAGGUGAUUUGGGUAUCAUACCGGCAUGGCCAAGGAUGGCUUGUUGCUAUGGACCCGAAGACUCAGGAAAGCGGCUUGGUCCCAGAAGAAUAUGUUCGCUUGCUGCGGGAUAUUCAAGGCGGGUUAAAUAGCCUGACUGGCCAAGUAAACGACCAGCUAACGAGUCCCGUUACAAUCGACUCUGGUACACCUACCCAAGCAGAACACAACCAAGCUUUUGGCCACGCCUCAAAUCCCAGCAACGGCCACGGAUACCCUCAGCCAGUCGUGUCUACCUUCUCGACAUCAUCAAAAGAUCUCCAUCCGUAUCCGCAACAUCUACUGGGCACUCAGGCUGGGCAAGCUCCGCCGCAGGUGAUCCACUAUCACGGCCAGCGGGGCGGAAGUCAAGCCAAUACUCCCACCGUGUCAAGUUCGGCUGAGGGCUCAAGAGAUAGGGCAAGCAGUCAGGACUCUAAAGUAAGGCAAACCGAGGAUAGCACAAAUACGACGCCAAUCGCGGUCACGCUUCCUGCAGCCAAACUUGAGUCGUCAAUUGGAGCUCAACAACCUUCAAGCCCUGACAGUGAUGAUACAGAUGGAUCGGCCGAAGAAGAGAAGGGCAAUUAA